UUCUAUAAUAAUGAAGUUUAUGGCAACAUUUUAUUCAAACGCUCUGCUUCACUCAAACCAAACGGUUCAUAACUACUAAAAAAUAUUAAAGGAAAUAAAAUUAAAAAUAAAGUGCUACAAAAUUUACUCGCUAAAAUGAAUAGAAUUUUAAGUAUACUGAAAGUUUUGGCAGCUGUAAUUGUCUUUUCCGGCACAGUAUGCAGCGCCAAUCAACCCUCUUAUCAAGUGUCUCUUUAUGUGCAUUUACAUCCUCGGGGACCACCAGUACAUCUUUGCAAUGGCAUUAUUGUUCAGAGUCGUUUAAUACUGACCACAGCUUCAUGUGUUCAUUACAAGUUUUCAUCCAGCAAUAGUCCUGUCAUCCCUAUUGCUCCCAGCAUGAUCAGUGUUAUCAGUGGCAGUUCUACGGUGUUUAAUGAAGAAUUAACGCUACAGGUUUCCAACAUAUUUGUAGUCGAUGAUUUCAAUUAUACUACGGGUGAAAAUGAUUUAGCUGUACUACGUUUAAAUGGUAUAUUGCCACUGGACACCCGCAACGACAUGAGUUGGAUUACUUUGGCCGAUGAUGAGGAUUACGAUGGCUCUUGUAUGGCGAAUUUCUAUGUGCGGAAUUCCCUCGAUGGUGCACCAAACUACAUACAAAGCGAACAAUUGCCUUUGUUAGAUUCGUAUUCAUGUGGAUCCAAAUUCGAAUUCCCCAAUCAACGCGAAAAUGAUGUGUGUUCAUUUUAUUAUCUGCCGGCGGGUUUCAAUUGCAAUGCAGUUGAAACACUUCAAAAUUACAAUGGCGACCGAGGCACGGGUUUAGUUUGUGGCAAUAAAUUGAUGGGGCUGUUAUCGACUAUUUUGCCAUUGCAAAAUAAGACCGAUUGCAUGGAGGAACCCAUUAAGGCGUAUUAUACUGCACUGGUUCCACAUUUGGCUUGGAUUUUUGAUGUGAUUACCGAAGAAGAUUUAAAUAUGUUAAACGAGGGCGAGUACAUCUCAUCAUCACCUUAUGCCGGAGAGACAAAUGCAUUUGUUGAACCACAAGUGACAGAACCUGCAACUACUUUAGCGUACACUGAGCCGUUUAGUAUAACUGCUUCAACGGAAGUAUCAGCUCAGUACAGUGCAGCAGCAAAUGUCAAAGAUAAUUUCAAAUUAUUCUCCAUGAUUUUUGGAACUUAUUUUAUAGUACAAGCAUUGAACUGCUGACUGUAGUCACCGUUAUCUUUAUUGUAAUACUGUAAUUAUUUAUAAUAGUAAAUUAUUAUAGUAUUAUGGACAAAAAUUAAAUGUUAUAUUGGCAUAUGAAAGCAAAUCAAGAAGGCUGUAAUAUUAACUCUUAAUUUAAGUAUUUAAAUAUAAUAUUUUACAAUUAUUUAUUUAAAAUAGUACAUUUUUGGAGUGUUGCAAAUCUUUUCAUUUAUCAUACAUUUGCAAAUAUAUUGAUCCAAGAUUUGGGUUCGCAAGAUACAUAUAUCCCAGUAUUCGAAGUUGUCUCCAAAAUGUAUCACUUUUUAUAUGAGGUGAAGUACGAUUUUGUGAUAGACGUUACUACAAAUCGUACUAUUUCCUUUUAAAAAAAUUACAAGUAAUAAAAAUAUCACAAAAAUCAAAAAUUUUUGAUUUUCAUACUUCGUUAGUACGACAACAUGAUACACGUUACUAAUUUCAUACUUAUACGAUUUAUCGUACGACUUAUCGUAACGUGUAUACCUAGCAUAAUGUCGAGAAUAUGUUUUCCUAUGUAGAGUACAGAGCGAUAAAGUGUCAAUUCUUCUAAUAUUUCGCCAGCUAAAUAAAAAAUAUUUUAUUCCGUACCUUUUAUUUUGAUUGGUUCAAGUCCUAAAAUAAAAAUUUUGAAAGAUUUCUUUUUAGAAUUGUAACUUCUUGCAGUAAUAUUUAUAUAUUUAUAGAUGGAGCUAACGAAACACUCAUCUACAGUGAUCCAAAGUACCUUUGUCUUUAGUUUUUUGUCGAAUUUCAGAAACAAUACAAUUUUUGUAGUCAUUAUUACUUAUUUAAAUUUGAAAUUAUGAAAAAUUUUAAGCAAUUUAAUAAAUUUAAAUAUACAUAUAUGAA